AUGCACCAGGAGACGUUCAACGACAAGCUUCCCGCCUCGUCUGGCGCCGGCAUUGAGAAGCAGGAUGCGCAGCGCAUCGACGACAACGCCAAGCGCGCCGAGAAGGGCGAGCCCCAGGUCGGUGGUGCCGCCGGCCGCGCUCAGGUCGCCAGCAAGGACCCUAAGGAGUUCGACGUCCGCGGCGGCCCCGGCUCCAUGGGCAACAAGCCCGUCCAGGACCCCGUCGUCUAG